AACUAGGCCCCGCCCCAUGACAGCGCGGGGUCACCAACAGGGAACAGUAGCAGGCCACGCCCCCCGCAGUGCCCUGCGUCUCACGUCGCGGACUGUGUUCGCGCGGUGUGUUCACGUCACCAGUUCACGUGCGGUCGCUUCAUGUCGUCACCGCGUCGGCGCAGCCCCUACCUGGGCCCGAGAGCCAGGAGCCAGGCGCGCAGCCAAGGAGCCGCCCGGCCGGGCUGAGCGGGGCCGCGCACCGGCGGGGGAGGGGCUGCAGCCAGGGGGCGGCCAGUCCGCAGGCGGCGCCCGGCGCGGAGCGGGAUGGCCCCGCGGCUGCAGCUGGAGAAGGCGGCCUGGCGCUGGACCGAGAGCGUGCCGCCCGAGGAGGUGACGCAGGAGCAUAUCGAGGCGGCCUAUCGCAUUGGGCUGGAGCCCUGCCAGCGCGGCGUGUGCAGAAGAAACUGCAGAGGAAACCCAAACUGUUUGGUUGGGAUUGGUGAACAUGUUUGGCUAGGAGAAAUUGAUGAAAAUAGCUUUCACAACAUUGAUGACCCAAACUCUGAACGGAGGAAAAAGAACGCCUUUGUAGGCCUAACAAACCUUGGAGCCACAUGCUACGUGAACACUUUCUUGCAGAUGUGGUUUCUUAACUUGGAACUUCGGCAGGCCCUUUACUUGUGUCCAAGCACCUGCAGUGAAUAUGUGACUGGUCAAGGCAUCCCAAAAGACAGAGAUUAUGAACCCCAGACAAUUUGUGAACAUCUUCAGUACUUGUUUGCGUUGUUACAGAACAGUAAUAGACGAUACAUUGAUCCCUCCGGGUUUGUUAAAGCACUAGGUUUGGAUACAGGACAACAACAGGAUGCCCAGGAAUUUUCAAAGCUAUUCAUGUCACUACUAGAGGAUACUUUGUCUAAACAAAAAAAUCCAGAUGUACGGAACAUUGUUCAAAAGCAGUUUUGUGGAGAGUAUGCAUAUGUCACUGUCUGUAACCAGUGUGGCAGGGAGUCCAAACUCAUAUCGAAAUUUUAUGAACUGGAGUUAAAUAUCCAAGGGCACAAGCAGUUGACAGACUGUAUCACAGAAUUUCUUAAGGAAGAAAAGUUAGAAGGGGACAAUCGUUACUUUUGUGAAACUUGUCAGAGUAAACAAAAUGCAACAAGGAAGAUCAGGCUGCUUAGUCUUCCAUGUACACUCAACUUGCAGCUGAUGCGUUUUGUGUUUGACAGACAAACUGGCCAUAAGAAAAAGUUGAAUACUUACAUUGGCUUUUCUGAAUUGCUUGAUAUGGAACCUUUUAUGGAACAAAAAGAUGGUGUCUAUAUAUAUGAACUUAGUGCAGUUCUUAUACACAGGGGAGUGAGUGCAUACUCUGGUCACUACAUUGCUCAUGUGAAAGACCCACAGACUGGUGAAUGGUACAAGUUUAAUGAUGAAGACAUAGAAAAGAUGGAGGGGAAGAAAUUGCAACUAGGGAUUGAGGAAGAUCUAGCAGAGCCUUCUAAGUCUCAGACUCGUAAACCCAAGUGUGGGAAAGGAACUCACUGCUCUCGAAAUGCUUACAUGUUGGUGUAUCGACUGCAAACACGGGAAAAAUCUCUAACAGCAGAAAUCCCAACUUUUCUGCAGGAGCUCGUCGAACGGGAUAACUGCAAGUUUGAAGAGUGGUGUAACGAAAUGGCAGAUAUGCGUAAACAAAGCGUGGUCAGAGGCAAAAUCAAACAUGAAGAGGUGAAGGAGCUCUACCAAAGGUUGCCUGCUGAAGCUGGUGACCUAUGCAUAUCAGAAAAUGAAAGGAGGGUUGUUUCUAAAGAAGCCUGGAAAAAGCUCAAGCAGUAUUUUCCAAAGGCCCCAGAAUUUCCAAAUAGCAAAGAAUGCUGUUCCCAGUGCAAGAUUCUGGAAAGAGAAGGAGAGGAAAAUGAAGCCCUGCAUAAGAUGAUGGCAAGUGAGCAGAAGACUGCUCUGCAGAACCUGUUCCAAGACAAAUCCAGACCAUGUCUUGGUAGCUGGCCUCAGGAGACAGAUGAGCUCUACAUUGUAUCACAGUUUUUUGUAGAAGAAUGGAGGAAAUUUGUAAGGAGGCCUACAAGAUGCAGUCCUGUAUCAUCAGUAGGAAACAGUGCUCUUCUCUGCCCACAUGGGGGCCUCAUGUUCACAUUUGCUUCCAUGACCAAAGAAGACUCUAAACUUAUAGCUCUAAUAUGGCCCAGUGAGUGGGAGGCAAUACAAAAACUGUUUGUUGUGGAUCACGUUAUCAAAAUCCUCAGAAUGCAAACUGCUGAGACGAGCCCUGAGAGCACGCUUUUCGAUUCUGAGCCCAAGCUGUGUCCAGAAUGCAGAGAAGGAUUGUUGUGCCAGCAGCAGAGGGACCUGCGUGAGUACACCCAGGCCACCAUCUAUGUACAUAAAGUGGUGGAUAAUAAAAAGGUAAUGAAGGAAGCUGCUCCAGAACUGAAUGUGAGCAGUUCAGAAGCUGAAGAGGAAAGGGAGGAAGCCAAACCAGAAGGGGAACAGGAUCCAGAUUUUAAUCAGACUAAUGGUGGUGCGAAACGACAGAAGAUAUCCCACCAGAACUACAUUGUUUAUCAAAAGCAAGGCAUCAGACGGAGCACGCGACACAGAAAAGUCAGAGGGGAAAAGGCACUACUUGUUUCUGCCAACCAGACAUUGAAAGAGCUGAAAAUACAGAUCAUGCACGCAUUUUCAGUUGCUCCGUUUGACCAGAAUUUGUCAAUCGAUGGGAAGAUACUAAAUGAUGACACUGCAACACUUGGCGCCCUUGGAGUCAUUCCAGAGUCAGUCAUUUUAUUGAAGGCUGAUGAACCAAUUGCAGAUUAUGCAGCAAUGGAUGAUGUUAUGCAAGUUUGUAUGCCUGAAGAAGGAUUUAAAGGGACUGGUCUUCUUGGACACUAAUGUUUUUUUAUAACCUCUGGCAGCAGAGAAAUGACCAGAAAGGAAGAGGAUUUUGACAUGGUAGGGCAUUAAAGCAAAGGUGGAUAUAGGACUAAACAGUUGCUUGACUCUUCCAGAAGGCAGAAACCCAUUCUGAAAUGACUGCCCCAAAUGCCUUAUGUCAAAGCAGAUUGCACUGAAGGGACAUCCUGACUUCAAGAGAGCGAUUCAGAUUUUAUAUUUAAUAAAACAGAAGUAAAAGUAUAGUAGCAGUAACAAUAUAUCAUGUUUACAGACAGAAAUUUCUAGCUGAGGAAGGGAGAGGCAUUCUAUUGUUUCCUUGCUCUGAUUUCAUACCACAGUCAUCUGUCCAUAAAGAAAUAGUAUUACAGUAGAUCAAAAACAUCUUGAUCUGUCCUAAAGUAAUUCUUUAGAGAUAAACCUGCUUACAGAUAUCCUGUCUUUGAUCCACUCUUACUCAUUCAGUACAGCAUGGAAGUGAAGAAUUUGUUAAUUGUGAAGAAUGACUAGCUUUUUCAGACUUCAUAUAUGUACCCCAAAAUGUAAACUGAUGGAAGGCUUUCACAGGCAAGACAAUGGCUCUUCAACACAGAGAUAAGGGGGAUAAGGAACUGCCUUCUCUGCUGUCUCUGGAGGCUCUAUCACACACCCAUCCUUUUGCAGUUUCACUUUCAAAUAUGAAGAUGAUCCUAACUUUAAUAAUCACAUGGUCUUUCUCUGUGAAAUGUGUUUUUAGAAAUGUUGGAUAUUUUAACAACUUUUGAUAACAUCUUCUCCAGUAUGCUACUGCCAAGAGCCAGAAAUCCAUUUCCACUCCACUGAUCAAUUCAGGAAUGUUGAAUUAAUCUUCACUAGAACAUCAGAAUCAGAUACUGAAGGGGGUGAGGUGUCAUACUUGGGGCACAUUUUUCAUGUGAAGAGAUUUUUCCUUUUGUUUUCAGGAAUGCGCUAAUUUUUCUUUUACCAUCUGUAAUUCCCAGGGAGGAUCUCUUCCUGACCCUAUUAAAUAUUAGCUGGAAAUAGCUUACCACUAAAAUAUUUAAAAGGACACUGUCAAGGUAUCUUUAAUAAUAAAGUUAAAUAUUUCCUGGUAGCUUCAUGCUCAACUGUGCUCCCUUAGCAAAAUAGCCUCUUGCUGAGUUUGGGCUUCGGCAGUGUUUUAUUAUUGUUUUUAAAUUGGCUGUUUAGAGCAGAACUACUGUAUUUAACAAUCCCAUGAGCAUUGCAGGCAGAUUUAAGGGGUCGGGUGUGGAGGGUAUAUAAAAACAUGGGCCCAGUAACCUUGAUAGUGUUCUUUUUAACAUUUACCUUUUAUCAGAAUAGUUAUAGCUCUCCUUCAUAAAAUGAUUUAACCUUUGUUCUUUUUCUCUAUACUGUUUUAAUCCAUCUUUUUCCUCCCUCCCUCCAAAACCAUUUAGGGAAGGUGGUAGGGAAUUCAGGCAGCAGGUCUGGACCAGUGAGAGUGGCAAAACAAUUGAUAUAAAAUAUCCUAUUUGGAGCAGUUGCCAAGCCAUAAAUAAUGGCUUGGAAAUGAUUCAGAAAAGGGGACUUAAAACUGAGAUUAUUUCUAAUGUAUCUUGAUUUUGUACUUCAAGAUACAGGGUUUGGAUCCAAUAAAAGGGCUGGAUCUUAGAGAGAUGAAACAGUGCAGCUGAGCAAUUUAUUCUUUCCCAAGGUAAAGACUUCAGUAAAAGUUCAAUAUGCUAUUGUUAGUGCUUGAUUAAGCAACUCUACUUCCCUUGAAAACAGGCAUGUUUGCCUGAAAGAGAUUUUAUUCUUCUUUUUAGACUGAAGCACUCACUCAUGUACAUAGCCCCUGGAAAUUUGAUAUUUUUUUCAAUUUGCUGGUUUUUGGGGGGAGGGGGGCGGGAGGCCGUUUUGUUUUUUAUUUUUGUUUUUUUGUUACUAGAGUCUCUUCCUUGAGAUUACAAUGUUCCAAAACUAAGUCUCUUAAACUUCACAGGGAAGAACUGUAAACCAUGAUGUAUAAGUAGACACAAUUACAGAGGUAAUGUAUAGAUGUACCUAAUGGCCUUGGUAUUGCUGUUUCUUACAGCUGUGCAGGGGAAACAGGUACAAGAUGUGAUCAAAGGCACAUUAACCGUUUUGUCUGUAUUUGCAAACAUAUUGGACUAAAAUUGUCAUUUGAGCUGUUGAAGCCUUAUUAAAGUGCAUACACAUGGUCUAUCUUCUCGUAUUUUAAUGUAUUGCAUAAAGCAUUUUUUUACAUUGAUCGAUUCAGAUAUCUUCUGUAAAAUUUGUAUCUUCUUUUUCUAGCGUUUCUGAGAAUUACACAGUUUGAAACUUUUUUCCUAGGAGUUGAACGUUCCAUAAAGUGGGGAGUUGACAGUUUGAUGGCAGGAUCAAUAGAUAACUUUCCUACUGGCUUUAUUUUUGUAGUAGAGUAAAAAAAA